AAACCGAUGCGAAUACAUGAAAUCUCCCUGUUUCUCAUGCGCUUGGGGCGAGGACGGCGAUUGUGCAGACUCGCGGUGGUGGGUGGCAGAUGAGCUCGUUUAUAUGUAGCCUUAAGGUUCCUCCGUCCAGCACUGGCCAGGAAGCGUCCUCUGCAGCAAAUCUUGAACCUCGCGGCAUCGUGGUUAGUAGCAAUCCCGCCCGUGUAAGCGAAUUCGGCUCGGAUGCUAAAGCGGUAGGGGCGGAGUCAUUAUCAAAAGCCCGAGAACCAACGUCUGGAGUAAACGAUUCGCCCGUCAACAUAAUUUCUUACACUGGCUAUUUGCCACCUCGGGUUCGCGAUGCACCUCCCACAACACGUCCCGCUUCAUUUAGAGCUCCCCCACAAGCCGCCAUGUCAGGCGAAGAAGCAGCAAACCCAAAAACGAAAGGCUUCUCCAAGAUCAAAUUAAAGCUGGCGAAGUAUCCCGCAAAGAUAAAAGAAAACUUCUUUGAGACCUUGACUUGGGUUAAUUACCAAAUCUACAAAAUUAGAAUGAAAUUCCUUCGCCCUGCAACCCCGAAAGACUUACAAAGAUAUCGCCAAAUGAAAGAUCAGAUGUCUAGAGCCCUUGCAAUAAGAUAUUUGAGGUUGAAUGACAAAGAGUUAUUAGAUGUGACGAACUUGGCUAAACGGUUCGACAAAAAGUUGUCUCCACCCGUGAACCGCUACAAGCCCACAGAACAGGCGGUAUCCAAGCCAUCAGAGUAUGAAGAUUACUUAGCGAAACUACAACUUUACUAUCUUGUUACCGGGGAGCUUGAAGCGCUUCAGAGCAAGUGGAAAUCUAUUAAGCUUUCCAAGGGGUUAACUUCAGCUGAAAAGCAUAUCAUGGCUUCGGUGGCCGAUGAAAUAGAAAACGAAGAUCCCGACAAGUUCAACUUCAUGCGUAGGCAUCUUCGCCAGAAUGCCAUUGAAAGCAUCAGACCUCAGCUUGAGCGAUGGCAGCGCCAGCUGAAUCAAAAUCUACUGGAUCGAGCUCCUCAAACUUAUUUCCCAACUAUCUUCUCCAAAGAACUUCCCAAGUCGCACGCUAAACAGCCGCACAUUAACUUGGAGGAAUUUGCAAAAGCCCGAACCGCCCAGCUACAGUCACAGAAAGGCGCUGCUUUUUUCAUACCCCAGCUCGAGACACCAGCUGCGCUUGAAGAAAGUGGUGAUUCAAUUUACGCUGUGGAAAAGGCCUUGCGAGACACGCCCUAUGAUGUUUGGGGGAUGAACAUUUUACACAAGUACUCAACAGUGAAAGGAUUUCAAAACAUCCUGGAACACGUAAUCACUGCAGCGCACAAACUGCUUCAGGAUGAACUCGAAAAGCCAUUAUCUGUCGCGUUCAUCAAACCGUUAGAGUUGAAACCUUCAUUGGAGUCAAUCUUCAAAAGCCUCCGCAAAGAAGACGUCGAGUGGCGUGAAAACUUUUUCCAGCAGUUCUAUGGCACGUUGGCAACUCCGUCGAUGGUUUUCGCACAGCUCAAGGGUCUGCCCGAAGACGAAAUACACAUCCGCACUGCCCUUGGUAAUCAUGCCGAUUUCAUUGACUCUUUGCCCGCGGAAGACGAGCAGGAGCUUUGGGAGGCUUCAUCUGAUCGUGGGCGGUUCGCGAAACGAUUAGAUGAAAUCGAAGAUCGGUUCAUCAAAGAAAACAAAGACGUAACACGAUUGAGACAUUUCAGAGACCAAGCCGUUCACCCCGAUGCGGUUGUUGAACGCCCAUUCGUCGAAAACCUAUACAAGCAAGGCAUUAUUGAUGACGCCAUUCGACAAGAACUGAAUCCAUCUGGAGGGCUAUCUCGUGCAAAUUUUCUAAAAGCGCUGGGAAAGCAGGAAGAUUUUGUCAGGCGUAUAAUGAAGAAGCUUCAAUAUAACCUUUCUGACAAACUAGACGCGUCGGAAGACAAAUCGGGAGAAAUCGUCGCGCGCACCACUGAACGACUUGCCCAGUUACAAAUGAAACAACUUGACGCAGAGGCCAAGUCUAUCUAUGUCACACCCGGCCUAUUUGCAGACCCCCCUUCGUACAACUUUGACAAAGCACUAGAAGUCUAUCAGCCAGAUAAGAUCAAGCAGCUUGCCAACCGUUUGGAAAACAAGGAAUUGUUCACCAAGGCCUACAUUGAAGCCCGUUUCUCGCCAAAAUCUCCCAGCGUGGGAUACAAAUCAAAGAUGGAUAAAUUUUUGAGUCAAAUCAAAAUACCACAAUCUGGGCACCCCACAGACCCGAUCAACAAAGCAGGCAUAACCAAUCAACUACGUGACUUUGACGAAAGAUUGUCUGCGAUAUACCUCAAGCCGCUAGAAAUUCAGGAUUCGCGAUUGGAUAGAACCCCAUACGCAAGAUUAACAGAUCAAGCACGGGAGAACCUCAAUAAGAUAGCGCACGACAUUUACUCUCGGCGUCAAGAACUGGAUAAACUCUCAUCAAUUAAGACAACCUGGGAGGCUGAGAUAGAGAAGUUUGAACAAGACCAUUCAAAACAAAUCCCACAGAUGCUGAAAAUCAUGGAAUCCUCCUUGCAGGACACGAUUGCCUAUGAGAUAGCUAACAGAUCCCCGGCUCAAGCAAACAGUUUCAAGCAAAGGAUUGCGCGGUUUUUUCUUUCCUGGGGUAAAAAGUCUGAAAGCUCCUAUAAGUCGCAGAAGAAUAAUAGAUUUAGAUGA